AUGAUCCAAAAAAUUUCUAUAUUAAUCAUAUGUUCCUUUCUGUUAGAAAUCUAUAGUCUAAACUGCAGGACAGAGGGUAGUCUGAAAAGUGAUGAGUUGAAGAAAAUUUAUAAUAACUGCUUGAAGCAACAAGGGGGGAACAAUUAUAGCGGUUCCAAAAAUUCAUCUGAAGACUGGCAAGAUCGUGGUUCGGAUAGAUCGGAAAAAGAAAGGAACAAAAACAAGAGGAAUAGAGAAGAAAAUAAAAACAGAGAACCAGUUAAAAAUUGGAUGGAUGAUAGAUCAGACAGAUCGGUAUACGAAAGUGAUGAUAAUAGACAAAAUUAUUACACCCAGGGUAUGGAUGGAAGAAAUCAAUACAAUUACGGAAAAUCUCAAAAUCAGAAUGACAGAAGAAUGGAUAACAAUCAUAGAAGGGAAGGGGAUUACAGAACUAAUGCUAACAAUUAUCAGCAAAACGAUCAUAAUAGUCAGGACCUUUAUCAAAAUGAUGAAUAUGAAAGUGAAACGCAACGCAAUAUGUACUCGUAUCCUAAUCACCGUUACAAACGAGAUCGAUCCGAAAAAAACUCUGGUCAGCGAAGCCAGUACAAUCCAAAUACUCCAAGAUCGGACGACAACCAUCGCGAAAGGAACUCAAGUGAUUCCAAAGAUGGUGGAAAGGCGUGUGCUAUGCAUUGUUUUCUUGAUAACUUACAAAUGACAGGAGAGAAUGGAAUGCCGGACCGUUACCUAGCAACCAAUGCGAUGACCAAAGAUGUGAGAAAUGAAGAUUUAAGGGAUUUUCUUCAGGAGUCCAUCGAAGAGUGUUUUCAAAUUCUCGAUAAUGAGAAUACCGAAGAUAAAUGUGAGUUUUCUAAAAAUUUACUAGUCUGCCUAUCAGAAAAGGGAAGAGCCACUUGUGAUGAUUGGAAAGACGAUAUACAGUUCAAUUAA